CGCGCGAGUUGUUAUUUGGUUGGUCGGUGUGUGUGGGUGAGAAUAUGGAGCGGUAGGACGGUGCUCAAUUAUUAAAUCUGCAAUAAUUCGAUCAUUUAUUCCCAGUCAAUAAUCAAAGUGCUCAAUUUAAUAUUUUUAUCGUAAUCUGAAAACAUGCUGGGACAAACGGCUUCAAUAUUUUCUUCCGUUCGACACCUGCGGUCUUGCAAAAUCAAUCCUACCGCACUAGACGUAGGCCUAAGCACGACAAGGUCAAAUUUACUAAGGGCUUCCAGUUUUAUAUUGUCCAAAUAUUACAGUUCACAUGUCAUCCCGGAAAACCUCAAUUAUGUCGAAGAUGCCGAGAACCCAUCUUUUUUCCACAUGGUCGAAUAUUUUUACCACAAAGGCUGGCAAGUUGUUGAAGAGAAAUUGGUCGAGGAAUUUAAAGGAAAGCUGAGCCUGGAAGAAAAACGCGAAAAAGUGAGAGGUUAUUUAGGUAUUUUGGGACCUUGUCAUUCCGUUUUGGAAGUUUGUUUUCCGCUAAAAAGAGACAGUGGGAAAUAUGUGAUGAUCAACGGAUGGCGAGCUCAACAUAGUCAUCAUCGAACACCUUGCAAAGGAGGUAUCCGAUUCAGUUUAGAUGUGUGCUUGGAUGAAGUAAAAGCUCUCUCGGCGUUGAUGACUUUCAAAUGUGCUGUCGUCGACUGUCCAUUCGGUGGAGCCAAAGCUGGACUAAAAAUCAAUCCUAAGGAGUACAGCGAGUUUGAAUUAGAGAAAAUCACACGAAAUUUUGCAUUGCAAUUAGCAAAGAAAGGAUUUUUGGGACCAGGUUUAGAUGUUCCUGCACCUGAUAUGGGAACUGGUGAAAGAGAAAUGAGUUGGAUUGCUGAUACUUAUGCACAAACUAUUGGCCACACUGAUAUGAACUCCCAUGCUUGUGUUACUGGUAAGCCUAUCAAUCAAGGCGGCAUUCAUGGCAGGAUUUCAGCUACUGGAAGGGGGGUUUAUCAUGGUUUGGAUAACUUUGUCAAUGAAGCUAGUUAUAUGAGCAUGAUUGGAACAACACCAGGAUGGGGUGGAAAAACUUUUAUUGUGCAGGGCUUAGGUAAUGUAGGUCUUCACGUGAUGAGAUACCUUCAUCGAGCUGGCGGUAGAUGUAUUGGUGUCAUGGAAUAUGAUGGAAGCAUUUACAAUCCCAAUGGAAUUGAUCCUAGAGAAUUGGAGGACUGGAAAUUGGCUAAUGGUACCAUUGUUGGCUUUCCUGGGGCUGAGCCAUACACAGGAGAAAGCCUUCUGUAUGAACCAUGUGAAAUUUUAAUACCAGCUGCAACGGAGAAAGUUAUUACGAAAAAUAAUGCUGAUCGCAUUCAGUGCAAGAUUGUUGCAGAAGCUGCCAAUGGACCAACUACACCGGCAGCAGACAAAAUUUUAAUGCAGAGAAAUAUUUUAGUCAUUCCCGACUUGUACAUCAAUGCUGGUGGUGUCACUGUGUCUUACUUUGAGUGGCUGAAGAAUUUGAAUCACGUGAGCUAUGGCAGGCUCUUGUUCAAGUAUGAGCGAGAUUCAAACUAUCAUUUACUAGAAAGUGUUCAGGAAUCAUUAGAACGGAGGUUCGGGAAAGCCGGAGGCCGCAUUCCAAUAGUUCCCAGUGAAUCUUUUCAGAAAAAAAUCUCGGGUGCCUCAGAAAAAGACAUAGUGCAUUCAGGUUUGGAUUAUACAAUGGAGAGAUCAGCUAGGGCUAUAAUGCGAACUGCCAUGAAGUAUAAUCUGGGCCUUGAUCUCAGGACGGCUGCAUACGUGAACUCCAUCGAAAAAAUAUAUGCUACUUACAGAGAAGCCGGUUUAACGUUUACUUAAAAUAUAUCAUUGACGACAAAUGUUGAACUGCUCUAAUUCCCAUAAUCCAAAUAUGUAUAUCUUACUUUAACAUAGAGUGCUUUAUGUCAGCAAUUUUUGGAAUCAGGGCGGCAGUUAAGUUGCAUAAUAUAUUUUUUUCUUUUCAUUUUUUUAGACAGUAGAUUGAUUUCCUUUGGUUGCAGAAACGUACCCUUCCCCCCUUGAGAUACUUAUAUUUUUAUAUUCUUUGUAGUGAAUGUCGAUUUGAAAGCUUUUCUUUUAACAGUCGGAUUUUCCGUAACACAGUGCUUGAUAAUGUUUUGGAAAUGGUUGCUUUUUGGAAGCAACAGACUGGUUUAAUAUCUUGAAGUUAGAUUUAUUCCGAAAUUAUUUUUUCAUGUUUGAAAGUCAAGAAGGAUUGUAGGAAGAAAAACCUGUAAAUGACUAGUAAAGAACCAUUUUCUAACUAAAGUAGAGUUUUUAUGUGAACUUCGAAUUGAGUAGAAAAUAAAUACAAAAAUUUGUCUAGAUGACGUCUCCAUACAUUUUGAAUGCUUAGGUGCCAGAAAAUAGAAAACACUUUUGAUUGUUGAAUUUUCAGUCGAUGAUUUGUUGUUCAAUAUUAUAGCUGGUAUUGGAAAUGAAAUGUUUUCUUACCAGGUUAUUUUAUCGGUGAUGUUUAGGAAAGAAAAUUUUUCUCACAAUAUGUGAUUAAAUCAUGUUUUUUGGAGAACGGUAAGGAUUGUUUUUAAGAGCCUGUGAGUGGUUGUGUUUAGAAAGUUAUUAAUAAAUCGAGCAAUAUAUAUGAUUUAAAUUAUUUGAUGUGAAUCACCGAGUAUUGUAUACCUUUUAUAUAUUCUCUUAAGCAUAAAAUUUUUCUAAAUUAUGCCAUUUAUGUGGCUUUGUGAUACUUUGCUAAAAAUUGAUCUAGUCGUGGAAAAAAAAUUUAAAUACAUUUUUUGUUUACGGGUGAUUGUUUUAUUUUCAAAGAUAUCACGUGUUGAACAUGUUGGUAGUGUUUAAAAUUAUUGUAUCAAUAAAAAGUUUUGGGUGUAAUUCAUCUAAAAGAGUGCUUCGAGGAAAGGGAAGAACUGUUUCGAGUAGUUCUGGUUCGUUGUUUUUACAAAACUUGCAUUAAAUUUGUAUUUUGCUACAGUUUGAAUUAUAAAGUUACCUUUGUUACUUUCUAGUGAUUUCCAAGUGUGAUAACCACCAUAUUUUUGUUAAACUAUCUGUUGUACCUUUUAGAGUAAGCUCAGUCCACAACUUCUAGAAAUCUUGAUGUACAUCUGAACUUGUACACUCUUUUGAAUGUGUCAUAAAUUUUAAACAUCACAGUUGUUUUUUUUUCUUUUGUGAAUGUUUGAGAUUAUAUUUUGGGCAUUUGUAAUUUUGCAUUUCAAAUUUCCUGUUUCAUGCAUCCAGAAACUAAAUUAUAUGAUUCACGAUUAUUGGUUGUUAUCUAUUGCAUUUGUUUUUUCUGUUCUGUUCUAAUUUUCAAAUGGAAUUAUUUAUUUUCCAUGCCAAAAGUCCUAUAAUAGAAUAGCGCAUUUUUGUUGAUUUUUUUUAUGCUGUAAUUUUACUAAAUAUUAUCAACUUUAUCCUUCCAAAGCCAUAUUUUGUAUAAGUCAUAUUGAUUAUGCUUUUAUUUGAUAAAUUUUGAAAAUAAAUAUGGAAACAUUUUGCCUCAAA